CACUUUCCCUCACCACCUUCACCCUCCCCACCUCCACCCUCACCUUACAACUACCCCUCACCACCACCUCCACCCCAGAAGAAGCCAUACUACUAUCACUCUCCCCCACCACCACCCAAGAAGAAGCCUUACUACUAUCACUCUCCCCCACCACCUUCACCUCCUCCACCUAAGCCGUACUACUACCAUUCUCCUCCCCCACCCUCACCACCUCCACCUAAGCCAUACUACUACCAUUCUCCCCCGCCACCUUCACCACCUCCACCGAAACCAUAUUACUACCACUCGCCACCCCCACCUCCACCCAAAAAGAAACCAUACUACUACCACUCUCCACCGCCACCUCCUCCGAAGAAGCCUUACUACUACCACUCACCACCUCCUCCUCCCAAGAAGCCCUACAAAUACUCGUCUCCCCCACCUCCAGUGCACCCUUAUCCCCAUCCUCACCCCCAUCCCCACCCACACCCCCACCCACACCCUCCCUAUGUUUACCACUCUCCUCCCCCACCGGUCCACCCUUACCCUCACCCGCAUCCACACCCACACCCUCAACCUCACCCCCAUCCACACCCACACCCACACCCUCCCUACGUGUACCCCUCUCCUCCUCCACCCCCUAAGAAGCCUUACAAAUACCUGUCGCCUCCACCUCCUGUCCACCCAUAUCCCCACCCACACCCACACCCUCUUCCACACCCACACCCUCUUCCUCACCCCCAUCCUUUGCCCCACCCGCACCCUCUUCCUCACCCCCAUCCUUUGCCCCACCCACACCCUCAUCCUUUGCCUCACCCUCAUCCUCCUUACAUUCCCCACCCAAUCUAUCACUCUCCACCACCACCACCCUACAAGAAGCCGUACAAGUACAAGUCCCCUCCUCCACCACCCCCGCACUAUAUCUACGCAUCACCUCCCCCUCCUUACCACUCUUAGACGGUGGUCAACUAGGAUAGUUCUAUGGAUGUGAAGAAUAUGUGCGACAAAUAAAGAAAGCGAUGGAAAGAAGGGCGUCUGGCUUGGCGAUGCACGAAAGAGAAAAAUGGAAGCAAAGUUUCCGCGUUUUGUCUUUCAUAAAAAGAUGUUUAAAUUAUUUUCUAUGAUAGGGUUGUUUCUGCUAUUUUACUUCUUUUAUUUAUGAAUUUGGUGUAUUUUAACAGUUGUAAAGCACUGCGCUCUGCGGAUCAUCGGUCAUAAUAGUACAACCUACCAUGCUCUGUAGUUUUCAACCAGCUGCGUUUGCAGGGGUCGUAAAACUAUUCAAAUAUAAUUAAAUAAAUUAUAAUCUCUUUUCCGCA